AUGAGGCAGAGGGUGCUAUUGGAUUUCAGGACGCCUCAGCACCCGUCUCGUGGCACUAACAACUGGGGUGGUGCAUCUCCCUUGUUAGCCAGGGACAUACCCAAGGAGUCUCUUGAACAAAGGUAUCUAAAGCUCAACACCAUUCGAGAUGAUGAUGAAAACUUUCACCGUACAACGAUUCAAGAUGAGAUUUUCAGCUUCCGGGCAACAACAAUUGAACAAGAAAUUUUCAGCACUCGAAAGACUGAAGCUGCCAAGUACGAAUGUCCCCCUACUCCACGCCGUGGAGGACUGCUACUUCGGAAGCUAAUGGGAAAGAGGUGGUACAAAAAAUGGAAUGCCCCCAAAAAACGAUGGCCUAAUGGUUGGUGUUGA